UUAACCACAAGCAACAGCAGGGUUCUUGCACCGUUAGACAGCCAGUUACAAGCAAACGCCGAGUGCGCCGAAGGAUAACGUUACAGUGUUCAAGUGUUGAGAAAAAAUUUGUGAAAAAAUGAAAAUUCAAAUCACAUUACUUUUGAUCGGCUGCGCCGCGUCCGCAGUGUUUGCCGCACCGCAAGCGCAGGGUGAGGCAGGUGCAUCAAUUGUUAGUCAAGAAUCGAAUAUUGAACCAGACGGCUCUUACAACUACAACUAUGAAACCUCUAACGGCAUUAAGGGCGAGGAGACCGGAACACUGAAGAAGGCCACUUCACCGGACACCAGCGAUGUGAUCAUUGCGCGCGGCUCCGUCAGCUACACCUCGCCGGAGGGCAACCUGAUUACGCUCAACUAUGCUGCCGACGAUGAGAAUGGCUUCCAGCCACAGGGCGAUCAUCUGCCCACACCACCACCAAUCCCACCAGCAAUCCAGAAGGCACUCGACUACUUGCUCAGCUUGCCCCCAGCGAAGCGUCGUUAAGCAUUUCAACCGCAAGCGAUGCGUGGCAUGCGAAAGAAAGGCGUUAAAGCACAAAAAUAGUUUCUUUCGCGCUGCACACAUACACACACACACACACACUGUAAUAAUGUGACAACGCAACAAUUCUAAACAAUCCAUUCCUCUAAUAUCCUUAUCAAUAUCUUCCUUGCCAUGUGAAUCCUUCGAAAUGAUUGCUGUACUAUACUAAAAAGCCUCAAAUAUGUAAAUAUACUUAGACAAACCCUUACCAAGGGACGAAUGUGGACACGUUGCUCAUACGCAAAAAAUUAAAAUAAUUAUAUCAAACACACACACACACAUACAAAAACACGUUAUGCACACACGAAGGGUAUGCAAAAAGCAAUCAUGCAGCAACAUAGCACUCGUGAGUUGAAGCAUUGUGUAGCGAGCUGAUGUGCAAAUGUAUGUAAGGAAAAGCUUCAAACAAACUACUAAGUACACUGACUGAAUGAACCGUUAAAUAUAAUAAACAAAAGCAUAUAAUAAUCAAAUAUACAAAACAAAAAAUACAUAAAAAUAUUAAUAAUGUAGUAGUUAUCAACUGGCAUUUGCUCACUACUCCCACUACUCUUAGCAAAUGUAAAACACACUCACGCCACUUCACUUUGCCUCAACUUCCGCUGUGUGCACCGCAUCCUACACGCCUUAUACUCUGCCUACAAUGAUACUCAGCAUUUCACUGCACUACGAAAGUCAAUCAAUCACAAUAUUACUAAAAGUUUAACACAAAUUCAACAUAUCACCAGCAUGCUCUACGCUCUCUUCCAAAUUUCCACUUUUGCUACUUUUGUCCUUUGCACUUUCACAGCGUAAGCUAUUUAAUUUUGCACCUCUUUCUCUUGAACUCUUAAUUACUCUCACUUAGUUGAACACUGUCUCGACUUUCUCUCUGCUGCUGUUCUUAAUUUGUUUUUGUAGUCGCCGGAACUUUAUCGCUUCGGACCCUUGUGAUAUUGUUGUUGCUUUUUAUAUAAAGAAAACACGUAAAGGAAAUGCAUAUUUUGUAAAGAAAAAAAUUAUUAAAUAUUUUACUCAAGAAACGUACGGAAAUUUAGUGUAUAAAUCAAAAUAAUGUUGUUGUAUCAUAUGUAAAGUACAUAAUAUGAACGAUUAUUUACAUUUCUCUUAAAUGUACAUUUUAUACGCAAAUGUUAUGCAAAUCUGUGUAAUGAACUAAGAAAUGCAAACGAAGAAUUAAAGAUUCUUUAAAAAUUAAAA